AUGUGUCAUGUUAUUGUAACGUGCCGCUCUAUGCUCUGGACCUUGAUGAGCAUUUUGGCGGCAUUUGCCGAGCUGGUGGCCAUCAUGAGCGCUGAUUGGCUGGUUGGGACACGCCAUCCAUCUGAGACCAAUGAUUCAGCUACUGUACUUACGGAUCCCAAUCGGCCCACGCUCGGCCUCUACAGCCGCUGUAUCAGGAUGGCCCAGCAGAAGACGCUGCAGUGUGGACCGUAUGCUGCAGACUUUACCGAAAUCGCGAGUGGAUUUUGGCAAGCUGCUAUUAUAUUCCUGGUUGUAGGAAUCUUCGUGUUGUCCAUAGUGGGCAUUCUUGCUGUCUUCAGCAUGUGCUUUCAGAGCUUUGUGGGAAAAAGCAUCUUCAAUGUGUGUGGUUUGCUUCAAGGCAUAGCAGGUCUGUUCCUGAUGCUCGGGCUGAUGCUGUACCCGGCAGGUUUUGGCUGUGAUAAGGUGGUAGGCUACUGCGGGUCUGAAGCUUCUGCGUAUAAAUUGGGCCAGUGUUCACUGGGCUGGGCUCUCUACACAGCUAUCGGAGGAACGGUGCUCACCUUCAUCUGUGCCAUGUUCUCUGCCCAAGCCGAAAUCGCCACCUCCGGGGACAAGGUGCAGGACGAGAUAGAUGAAGGCCGAACGCUCAUCUGUGUGCUGUGAACUAUGUGCUG